UGAGUGCUUUUUCUUUGCUAGAUGGAUAAUAUAACUUCUCAAUCACAACAUGCUGAGGAAAGAGAUACUGAUGAGAAUGAGGAAGAAAGUGGAGCAGGUCUUCUUGUGGAUCAGGAAGAGACAAUGUGCAACAUAGAGGGAGAUGCCUGGGUUACAAGGAGGAAUCCUGUAGGUGAAAUAACUUCUUUGAUUAGCUCCCUUUAUGUAUCAGAUAAUGAAGUUGAAGAAAAAGAGGAUGAUGAAGAAGAGUAUCUCCCUAUGUCAGACAUUAAUGAUAUUAGGAAUGAUUUAACUGAAAUGGGGGUUAAGAUUACCUCAUUGGAAGAAAAUUUUCGGGCAUCUGUAGACAGUGCUUUGAAUAGGGAGCAAAACAUCAGGACAUAUAUAGAUAGGAAUGUUGAGGCCCUGGAGCAAUGCAUGACCGCAGCCUUUAAGGAAUUGGAAGCUAAGGUAGUAGAUUGUUUGUUGCGACGAGAUGAGAAGUGGAAGGCUGAAAUAGAGAGGCUGAAGCGCGCUAGACUCUCUACAGUUAGUCAUUCCCUGGGUAGUGUCAGACCAAGUCUACCUGUGCCAUCUGAGCGUCUUUUUUCUACCAUGAGGCAUACUUUCCCUGAAACAUCAUCUCCACCUUUGGCCCUACGUGUACAAGGAGGACCACAAGGAAGUCUUGGAUCGUCACACCCUCAAAGAAUGGAUCAAACUACUGCCUACGUCCCUCCAGGAAUGUUUCCAGUCAGGUCAUCAACACACAGUGGGAUAGUAGACCUCCCGACAUCAACCUCUCACCUGACAGUUCCUUCAUCAAGCAGAACAUCUGUAGUUUACUCCAAGCCCCCUGUGCACAUGGAGUUCCCGACAUUUGAGGGUGCAGGAGAAGUUUCUGAUGUCUUAAAUUUUAUCGAUCAGUGUGAGACAUUUCUAACAGUAAGGCCUCUGGCUGAUACUGAAUUAUUGGGAGCUUUAACAGCUGUCUUAAAAGGCUCUGCUCGUUGUUGGUGGAGUGUGGCUAAAAACAAGAUACAUAACUGGCUUGAAUUUAAAAAUGCCUUUUGUGCUGCCUUUCUUCCUGCAGACUAUCUUUCAGAAGUGGAAGAGAAGUUAAGAGACAUGGUCCAGUUGCCAGAGCAAUGUCUCAGAGAUUUUGCCUUUGAGUAUCAAGCACUAUGUCUAAGAUGGAAGCCAGACAUCGGUGAGACAGAGCUUGUGAGGAGGAUUUUAAACAACUGUAAUCCAAAGCUAGCAGGCUGUCUUCGUGGCACAGUCACCUCUAUGGAUCAAUUAAUAAAGGUGGGAUCCCAGGUUGAAAAAGACUGCGCUGGGGUUAAAGUUUACUGGGGGAAAGUAGAUCAGCACAAAGCCAAAGGAAAAUGCCCAGCAAGAUCUAAGGGAAAUACCAGAAAGCCAACCGACUCUGUAUUUGUUGUUCAGCGAGGACCUGCAUCCUCCCUCCUUCACGUUCCCAUUGAGGUGCGUGACAGGAUGUACAACGCUGUUCUGGAUACAGCAUGCACCUAUUCCCUGAUGAGAAAUAGUCAGUGGAAAAUAAUUGCUAAAGAAGGGGAGGUUUUGAAGCCAGCUGACAACCAGAAGUUUGAACUUGCCAAUGGCAAAACCUACAGUGCUUUAGGGAAAGCGACAAUCAUCUAUGGUUGGCAUGGGAUGAUGUGGUCGUUGGAGACUUUUGUGGUGGAGGAUGAUAACCUCACCUUUCCCAUCAUCCUAGGACUCGACUUUUUGUCCAAAACCUCUGCCAUAAUCAACCUGGGUGACCACACCUAUGGGGUAAAAGGGCCAAAAGGUUAUACCUUUUAUCCUUUUUCAUCUUCGGUUGUUGCCAGAACACCUGGGCAUGAUAGUCAUUCUCUGCUUAAUCUGAUCCUGGCUCUGCCCCUAGAAAUAGACAAAGUACCAAACACAGCAUCAUAUCCCAUGAAGAUAAAACAUCCUCCAGAAGUCCAGAAGCUUUUGGAGGCCUGGCCAUCUGUAUGCUCGGAUACAUUGGGUAGAACAUCUGUGGAAGAACACAGAAUAAUGACCACAGAUGAAAUCCCCAUCCGCUGCAGAGCUUACCGGGUGUCUCCUUUUAAGCGGCAAAUAAUAAAAGAACAGAUUGAUGCUAUGCUAAAGGAUGGUAUUAUAGAGCCAUCACAAUCUUCAUGGGGAUCCCCCGUUGUCCUUGUUCCUAAGCCAGACCAAUCUUUUCGGUUUUGUGUGGACUACAGAGCUUUGAACACCAAAACUCUUCAGGAUGCCUAUCCCAUGCCCAUCAUCCACGAGCUGUUGGAGUCAAUGACUGGAGCAAAAAUUUUCAGCACCCUGGAUUUGAAGUCUGGAUAUUGGCAGAUGGUGGUGGCAGAAGACAGCAAAGCGAAAACUGCGGUUAUUACCCCAUUUGGACUUUAUCAAUUUAAGUGCAUGCCAUUUGGAUUAAAAAAUGCAGGAGCAUCCUUUCAACGUUUAAUGGAGAAAGUUUUAGGAGAGCUACGGGGAAAGAUCUGCUGUGUGUACAUCGAUGAUGUGAUUGUUUUCUCAGCUUCGGCUGAGCAACACCUGAAGGACCUGGAUACCCAAGAACUCAAGUUUCUGGGACACAUUGUAUCAGCGAAAGGUGUUCAAGUGGAUCCCGAAAAAACCGACGCCAUUACGGUUUAUCCUACUCCAACUGACCCGAAAACGCUUCAGAGAUUCCUUGGGAUGUCAGAGCUGCUGGCGGCUCACUGCCUCAGGCUCUUCUGGAUGGAGGACUUUGAUGUUGGCCUGCUGCAGGACAACACAGUCAUCCCACAGGCUCUGGGCAGCAGCACACACUGCGGCUGGAAACAGAGCGACGCCUUCCCCACCAUCGUUCACAGAUGUGGAUGGUCUGUCAAAGGAACCCGGAGGUCCGCCUCGUCUGCCGCGCUUGAUGGGACGCAGGCUGCAGGCGUCUCGUCACGGCUGCUGAGAAGGGGUCGCCGGGGUCCUCCCGCUUGUGGCGACGCCCAAGGGCCGUCGGCUCAGCGGGGAUCCCGGGGUGCCGGCGAGGUCUCGCGCAGAGCCGCGCUUCGCUUCAUGAAAGCCUAA